CCCUGGUAGAACCGAAGACAAUCGUUCCCCAAACAACUUACAACCGACAACGGAGAUGGGGUCCGGAUAUCCAGCCGCCGACCCACCAAAAAGAACCAGAAAGAAGCUCCAUCGGCAACCCCCCAAUUGAAGAACCCCCCCUUGAAGCAUCCUCCAAUGCCAUGUUACACUCCCUGGCGGAGGUGAAGGGAUACUUGGCGGAGGAAAUCAAACACACAGCGGCGGAGGUCAAAGCCGAAAUCACAGCCAGAGGGGCCAGGACCGUUAUUCUUGAACAGCGCAUGGAGCAUGUUGUUACAGCUCAUAACUCUGCCAUGGCUCUCACCAAUAGUCUGCUCCACAGGAUCACUGACCUUGAGCUGGAAUUAGAGGAUGUUUCCAACCGAUCGAG